AUGGAGGACGAUCCUGAUGCCCUGGCUCUUCUCCUGCGAAUUGCUCACCUGAAGUUCAACGAAGUCCCUCGUGCUUUGUCGUUGGACGCACUCUACGAAGUGGCGGUGUUGACGGACAAAUAUUUUGCUACCAGCUUGGUAAAGCCGUGGAUCAAACAGUGGAUCGAACCGUUGAAAAUCUCUCGGAUACAAUGGCAUGAUAUCAAAUGGCUCUGGAUCGGGUGGGAGUUCGGAGAUGAGGACCUCUUCAACAGGUCAGUCCAGUGGCUCCUUAAAGAUAGCGACGACCUUGAACAGUAUCUUCAGGACCCAGAGAUUGCAACCCCUCCUGGUCUUCUCGAAAGCAUAGCUAAGGCCCGAACGAAAACAAUCAACAAGAUAUUGGAUGAAAUCUACAAAUACGUCGACCAGUAUCGCGUAGCGUACACCCCAGGGCUAUCAAGCGGAUUUUGCAUCAAAGGACCCAAUGCGAGGAAAUGCGACGCUUUAGUUUUUGGCUCUCUUGCCCUCACACUGCUACAACUCGGCCUUACCAUCGACCGGAGAAAGUCGGCCAGCAUCACAGAGAGCAUCAACACAAUAGCCGAGAAAGUACAAUCCAUGCAGAUCUACGAGUGCGAUGAUGAUGAUUCCGAUCACGAGUCUUGCACUUCAUUCCAGACUGCGCUCCAGUCCAAAGUUGCAAAAACUGUCCGGAAAAUUCCGUCGCCUAUUCAGGAAUCUCAUCAAAUCCACCUCACACGAAAGAAAGGUCUCUGCAGCUGA